GGCGGGGGCGCGGGGCGGCUUCGGUGGCCGCCAUGUUGUGCGGCCCCACGCCGGGCCGGGGAUGGCGGGGGCCGGCAGCAACUGGCUGUCCGGGGUCAACGUGGUGCUGGUGAUGGCCUACGGCAGCCUGGUCUUCGUGCUGCUGUUCAUCUUUGUGAAACGUCAGAUCAUGCGCUUCGCCAUGAAGUCCCGGCGCGGCCCCCACGUCCCCGUGGGGCAGCACGCGCCCAAGGAUUUAAAGGAAGAGAUUGACAUCCGGCUGUCGAGGGUGCAGGACAUCAAAUACGAGCCCCAGCUGUUGGCUGAAGAUGACAGCAGGCUCCUGCAGCUGGAGACACAAGGCUGCUAUAAUUACUUGUACAGGAUGAAGGCGCUGGAUGCCAUUCGGACGUCAGAAAUCCCGUUUCAUGCAGAAGGCAGAUACCCAAAAUCGUUAAUAGGGAAGAACUUCUGUGCCUAUCUGUUGGAGCUGAGGAACUCCAGCAGCUCCUUCAAAGGCAUCCGCAAGGCCUUGAUCGACACGCUGCUGGACGGGUAUGAGAACGCCCGCUACGGCACCGGGGUCUUUGGGAAGCCGGAAUAUCUGAAGUACCAGGACGCUCUGAACGAGUUGGCAAACAUGACCAAGGCACGGGCAGGCAGCAGCCAGAGGCAGCACCAGUCAGCAGCCAAGGACCUCACUCUGUCCCCUGAAGUAUCCAACCCCGCCACCAUCCAGGUCACCUACCUGCCUUCCAGCCAGAAGAGCAAACGUGCCAAACACUUCCUGGAGCUGAAGAGCUUCAAAGACAACUACAACACGUUGGAGAGCACGCUGUGAGCAGGGACCUUCCACGAGCAGAGCCCCGUGCUGGGCACAGCAAACCCGGGGGGGGAAGGGGGGGGUUUGUGCUGGGAUGGAGCAGUGGUGCUCUCACUGUCCCUCUCACAGGACAUAGGGCUGGAGGAGCCCUCCCUCCCCAGGAGCCUCUGGCAUUGCUGUGCCCCUUCUGGCUGCCUGGGAUGCUGCGGGGUGCUCGAGGCCGGCAGCCCCGGCCCUGUGAAUAAACUUUGGUCAGCUGUAGCUUAUUUAUAAAAGACGUGGACCCCCGGCCAGCUCUCUGUCCUGCCUCUCUUUCCCGUGGCGGCCAGCAGGGGCUGAUGCUGUCUCUCCAUCCUGUCUGCGUGGAUCUCAGGCUCCGGAGCCUCUCGUCUGAUCUUUCCAAAGGAUGAACGCUCUCCUUUCCCUGUGAUCGCCGCCGCUGCUCUCAGUGGGCACCAGGACAGCGUGUAAAUAGUUUGUCGGCCUCGUGCUGCGCCGAGGAGCCGCGUUGGGCCGCGGUUUGUUCUGCAUUCAGCAUUCAGGGGCACCUGGGGCGGACCCGGCCCUAUGGGGGGCGUCUGUCUGCCCUGCCGAGGGGGGUUCCCCCGCUCCCACCGGCACCGUGUGCCACGUGGGGUGGGAAGCGUGCCCUGCCGUGGGCCUCGGCGCUCUUUUUAAUUGCCGUUUAAUAAAAUGAGUUACCCCCA